AUGUCGUCGUCUUCAGUCAUUGGCAAGCUCGGCUUGAUGGUUUUGCUCGCUCAGCGUGCCUUGUCGCAAACAGACAAUCCAUGCGUUUCUUACGGCAUGGACUUUCAGAAUGGAGGCUCUUACUGCCAGAACGCCAGCUCGACUGAUCCUUUCACAUUCGUUUCUCAGUUUGACGGCUGCCAAGUAGACACUGCAGUCAAUUUACUUGUUGAUCCGUCCGGAAACCAGUACCAGUGCUCGUACACGAACCUUACUCCCGAUGACACAGAUCAGCUAGCGACUUGCCCGCUGAAUAAGAAUCAACUCACUUCAGGAGAAUGGUCAGUCGUGGUGCUCAGCAACAAUGGCGCGAGCGGCGAGCCAAUCGCAUAUCAGAGGGAUUUCUACCUCAGCGUGGGAGUAAUACCCACGCACACCGUCACGCCUACUGUUACGGGGACGGCAGUUGUUACUCCGAUCUACAACUAUACAAGCACGACAACCGAAAUCCUGACAACUGUAUUGGUUCCCGUCACAAUCACAAAGCCAUCAGCGACUCUCAAACCCACCAUUACCACCACGCCAAGCCGGGUCACCACGACAAAGACCUCCACUCUUCUCACUAUCCGCAAGACCGUAUACACUCUUGCAGUGGUAGAGAGGAUCCGGACGGCAACUGCUAGCUGCAGAAGGCCUACCAAGCCAGCCCAACCAGAUCCCACUUGCACGAUUGUCCCGACUAUCAACGGUAUCACCGCAGCCGCGAUGAGCGCAACGGCAACGCCGGGAAGCGCCAAGUUUCGCCGCGCAGAUAAGGCCAUUGCGCGCGAGAACCUCGCCAUCAACUUGGAGAAGAGAAGGGCGUACCUUGCAGCGGCGCGUGUACUCAACAAGCGGGCGCCCGAUACCUGCAUUGUUACCUCCACGGAGGAGAACACCGCGCUUUGGGGCACCACGACGGUCACCAGCUAUGCGCCGACGUCUACCGUGACUAUCAUUACCGACGCCGUCAUAACCCAGACCGUGACCCCCCCGCCAGUCACCUUGUACAGCGGACGAACGACUGCUUCGAUCGUCACGAUCACGGCACCGACCCCCACGCGGACGAGAACUAGGUAUACCAUCGCGACCACCACCACUGUCAGGACUUUGACUACUACCGUGGUCAUCACAUCCACAACCACGCCUCCUGCGCUCAUCACAUUGUGCAGGAGGAUCGGCGGCAUCAUUGUGUAA